GAAAUAUAGCCGUAAAGCUCCUCACAAGGUCGUGAAAUGUAGUUGCCCCUAGCAUCUGGGGCCUAGUUCCGGCAUUGGCUGGCUGGGCGGGGAGUCGUGUCGCCUAGCAGCCGCCGCCGCUUUGGCGUGUUCAGGAAGAGUUGGCGGGAGCUUGAGAGCGCGAGGACCGCACAGGGAACUGGGAGGCCCAGGUGAUGGCCGAACCCGGAGGUGGUCGCUGUAGAUGAAAGACUGCCGCUGGUUGCAAGGCUUGGUUUAGGAGCUGAAAGACAGUGAAAGAAUUCAAGAUGCCACCUAAUAUAAAUUGGAAAGAAUUAAUCAAAGUUGAUCCAGAUGACCUGCCACGUCAAGAAGAGUUGGCAGAUAAUUUAUUGAUUUCCUUAUCCAAGGUGGAAGUAAAUGAACUAAAAGAUGAAGAUCAAGAAAACAUGAUACAUCUAUUCAGAAUUACUCAGUCGCUAAUGAAGAUGAAAGCUCAAGAAGUAGAGCUAGCUUUGGAAGAAGUUGAAAAGGCUGGAGAAGAACAAGCAAAAUUUGAAAAUCAAUUAAAGACAAAAGUAAUGAAACUAGAAAAUGAACUGGAGAUGGCUCAGCAGUCUGCAGGUGGACGUGAUACUCGUUUUUUGCGUGAUGAAAUUCGUCAACUUGAAAAGCAGUUGGAACAAAAAGAUAGAGAAUUAGAAGAUAUGGAAAAAGAAUUGGAUAAAGAAAAGAAAGUUAACGAACAAUUGGCUCUUCGAAAUGAGGAGGCAGAAAAUGAAAACAGCAAGUUAAGAAGAGAGAAUGAACAGCUUCGUCAGGACAUUGUGGACUACCAGAAACAAAUAGAUUCACAAAAAGAGUCCCUUUUGUCAAGGAGAGGAGAGGAUAGUGACUACCGAUCACAGCUGUCUAAAAAGAACUAUGAACUUGUUCAAUAUCUGGAUGAAAUUCAGACCUUAACAGAAGCUAAUGAGAAAAUUGAAGUUCAGAACCAAGAAAUGAGGAAAAACCUAGAAGAGUCUGUACAGGAAAUGGAGAAGAUGACUGAUGAAUAUAACAGGAUGAAAGCCAUUGUGCAUCAAACAGAUAGCAUUAUGGACCAGAUUAAAAAAGAGAAUGAGCACUAUCGACUUCAAGUGCGAGAGCUCACAGAUCUUCUGAAAGCAAAGGAUGAAGAGGAUGAUCCCGUCAUGAUGGCUGUCAAUGCAAAAGUAGAAGAAUGGAAGUUAAUUUUGUCAUCUAAAGAUGAUGAAAUCAUUGAAUACCAGCAAAUGUUGCAUAAUCUGAGAGAGAAACUUAAAAAUGCCCAACUUGAUGCUGAUAAAAGUAACAUUAUGGCUCUGAAACAGGGUAUCCAGGAACGAGACAGUCAAAUUAAGAUGCUUACUGAACAAGUAGAACAGUAUACAAAAGAAAUGGAAAAAAAUACAUUUGUUAUUGAAGAUUUGAAAAAUGAACUUCAAAAAGACAAAGGUACUUCAGACGUUUUUCAACAGACUCAUUAUAUGAAAAUUCACUCAAAAGUACAAAUUUUAGAAGAGAAAACAAAAGAGGCCGAGAAAACUGCAGAACUGGCUGAGGCUGAUGCUAGGGAAAAGGAUAAAGAAUUGGUUGAGGCUCUGAAGAGAUUAAAAGAUUAUGAAUCUGGAGUAUAUGGCUUAGAAGAUGCUGUUAUUGAAAUAAAGAACUGUAAAGCCCAAAUUAAAAUAAGAGAUGGAGAAAUUGAAGUGUUGACCAAGGAAAUCAAUAAACUUGAGAUGAAGAUUAAUGAUGUCCUUGAUGAAAAUGAAGCCCUUAGAGAGCGGGCUGGCCUUGAACCCAAGACAAUGAUUGAUUUAACUGAAUUUAGAAACAGUAAACGCUUAAAACAGUACCAGUACAGAGCUGAAAACCAGAUUCUCUUGAAAGAGAUUGAGAGUCUAGAGGAAGAACGACUUGACUUGAAAAGAAAAAUUCGUCAAAUGGCUCAAGAAAGAGGAAAAAGGAAUGCAGCCUCAGGAUUAACCAUUGACCUGAGCCUAACUGAAAACUUUUCUCAGGAAGAUAAAAUAGGGGAAAGAAAACUAAGUUUCAUGAGCCUCAAAAAUAUGAAUGAAACACAAUCAAAGAUUAAGAGUUCAGCUAAAAUAGAGCUGCUGCAUAGGAGACCGUCAUUCAGUGUUCUGCGAUCAGAUCGAAAUGAGACAGAGGAAAAUAAGACCAUACGAUCAUUAUCGAGAAUGCUUUCUGGAAUUCAUCAUAGUGUAGAAAGUGGAGUGGAUCCUAUUGUCUCUUUAACUAGAUGUUCCUCAUUUAUGCAAGUAAAAGAUGAUAAAGCAACUCCAGAAGCUAUUACAAUAAGGGAGAUUUUUAAAGCACCAUGUCUUCAAUCUUUGAGAAAUCUAGAAUCAUUAGUCAGUAGCUUCAGUAAGGAGAGCAAUGAAGAACUAAGUGAGUACUUAUGCUCUUUCUCUGAUGACUGUCUGAAGAGAGGGUCAGGAAACCAUCAAGCUAUAGAGAAAUCCAGGCUCUUACAGAAAAGCAGUUCGUCUUUUCAAACAUCACCAACAGCUUCAGAGUUAAUGCAGAAAUUAUCAUACAGGCAGAACUCUGCAGUGUUUUCUCAACAAUCGUAUGACCAUGAGAUGGAUAAAGUAACAUCAGAAGAUGAACAGGUCCAUUCUCAAGUAAAGUGUGCUGAUCUCAGUUUGAAAGAUGAUAGAAGGCAAAGUGAAUCACCCUCACAAACUGAGAUGCUGAAAAGUAAGAUCCAAGUUAAUCUUUCAGAUCCUGUGCCUGUUAAUUCACAAUGCAAAUCAUCUCAGAUAGAUCCCCUUGAAAAUCUCAUAGAGCAGCUACAGAGAGAGCUAGUAUUCCUUAGAUCUCAGAAUGAAAUCAUAGCACAGGAUUUACCGAUUCAAGAAAAGCAGAGUAGAAAUGCAGAAAUAAAGGUUGACCGUGAGAGAAGCCAGGCAGAACAGAAUGAAUUUCUUUCAAGAGAACUAAUUGAAAAGGAUAAAGAUUUAGAAAGAAGUAAGACAGUGAUUGCUAAAUUUCAGAAUAAAUUGAAAGAAUUAGUUGAAGAAAAUAAGCAACUUGAAGAAGGUAUGAAAGAAAUUUUGCAAGCUAUUAAGGACAUGCCGAAGGAUCCUGGUGUGAAAGGAAGUGAAACAUCUUUAAUCAUCCCAAGUCUUGAAAGACUGGUUAAUGCUAUGGAAUCAAAGAAUGCAGAAGGAAUCUUUGAUCCCAGUUUGCAUUUGAAAGCCCAAGUUGAUCAACUUACAGGAAGGAAUGAAGAAUUAAGGCAAGAACUCACAGAGUCUCGGAAAGAGGCUAUAAAUUAUUCACAGCAGUUGGUAAAAGCAAACUUAAAGAUUGAACAUCUUGAGAAAGAAACUGACCUUCUACGUCAAUCUGCAGGAUCCAAUGUAGUUUAUAAAGGUGUAGACUUACCUGAUGGGAUGGCACCAUCUAGUGCCUAUAUCAUCAAUUCUCAGAAUGAAUAUUUAGUACAUCUUUUGCAGGAACUAGACAAUAAAGAAAAGAAGUUAAAGCAUUUAGAAGAUUCUCUUGAAGAUUAUAACAGAAAAUUUGCAGUAAUUCGUCAUCAACAAAGUUUAUUAUAUAAAGAAUAUCUAAGUGAAAAGGAUAUUUGGAAAACAGAAUCUGAGACGCUAAAAGAGGAGAAGAGAAAACUUGAGGAUCAAGUUCAACAAGAUGCUGUGAAAGUAAAAGAGUACAAUAAUUUGCUCAGUGCUCUGCAGGUGGAUUCGAAUGAAAUGAAGAAAAUACUUUCAGAAAACAAUAGGAAAAUCACUGUUUUGCAAGUGAAUGAAAAGUCCCUCAUACGGCAGUAUACAACCUUAGUGGAAAUGGAACGGCAGCUUAGAAAAGAAAAUGGGAAAUACAAGAAUGAGUUAAUAUCAAUGGAAGCUGAAGUUACUGAAAAAAUUGGAAAUUUGCAAAGAUUUAAGGAAAUGGCCAACUUCAAAAUUGCAGCUCUCCAGAAAGUUGUGGAUAAUAGCGUUUCUUUGUCUGAACUAGAGCUAGCCAACAAACAGUACAAUGAACUGACCACUAAGUAUAGGGACAUGUUGCAGAAAGAUAACAUGCUUGUUCAAAGAACAAGUAACUUAGAACACUUAGAGUGUGAAAAUGCAUCAUUAAAAGAACAGAUGGAGGCUAUCAGUAAAGAACUGGAAAUUACAAAGGAAAAACUCCAUACCAUUGAACAAGCCUGGGAACAAGAAACUAAAUUAGGAAAUGAAUCAAACAUGGAUAAGGCAAGGAAAUCAAUAACAAAUAGUGACAUUGUUUCUAUUUCAAAAAAAAUCACUGUGUUGGAGAUGAAGGAAUUAAAUGAAAGGCAGAGGGCUGAACACUGUCAGAAAAUGUAUGAGCACUUAAGGACUUCAUUAAAACACAUGGAAGAACGUAACUUUGAAUUGGAAACCAAGUUCACUGAGCUUACCAAAAUCAACUUGGAUGCACAAAAGGUGGAGCAGACAUUGAGAGAUGAGUUAGCUGAUAGUGUCAGCAAGGCAGUAAGCGAUGCGGAUAGACAACGAAUUCUAGAAUUAGAGAAGAAUGAAGUGGAACUCAAAGUUGAAGUGUCUAAACUGAGAGAGAUUUCUGAUAUUGCCAAAAGACAAGCUGAUUUUUUGAAUUCGCAACAACAGUCCAGGGAAAAGGAAGUGGCCUCCCUGAGAAUGCAGCUGCUGGACUACCAGGCACAAUCUGAUGAAAAGGCACUAAUUGCCAAAUUGCACCAACAUGUUGUCUCUCUUCAAAUUAGUGAGGCCACUGCCCUUGGUAAGUUGGAGUCAGUUACGUCUAAACUCCAGAAGAUGGAGGCCUACAAUUUGCGCUUAGAGCAGAAACUGGAUGAAAAAGAGCAGGCUCUCUACUAUGCUCGUUUGGAAGGUAGAAACAGAGCAAAACACCUGCGCCAAACCAUUCAGUCUCUACGAAGACAGUUCAGUGGUGCUUUACCAUUGGCUCAGCAGGAAAAGUUCUCUAAAACAAUGAUUCAGUUGCAAAAUGACAAACUUAAGAUAAUGCAAGAAAUGAAAAAUUCUCAACAAGAACACAGAAAUAUGGAAAACAAAACAUUGGAGAUGGAAUUAAAAUUAAAAGGCUUAGAAGAAUUGAUAAGUACUUUAAAGGAUGCCAGGGGAGCCCAAAAGGUACUCAAUUGGCAUGUGAAAAUAGAAGAACUUCGCCUUCAAGAACUUAGGCUAAAUAGAGAACUAGUCAAGGAUAAAGAAGAAAUCAAAUAUUUGAAUAAUAUCAUCUCUGAAUAUGAGCAUACAAUCAACAGUCUAGAGGAAGAAAUUGUUCAGCAGAGCAAGUUUCAUGAAGAAAGACAAAUGGCUUGGGAUCAAAGAGAAGUUGAGCUGGAACGCCAACUAGACAUUUUUGACCGUCAGCAGAAUGAAAUACUCAGUGCUGCACAAAAGUUUGAAGAAGCUACAGGAUCAAUGCCAGACCCCAGCUUGCCCCUUCCAAACCAACUUGAGAUGGCUCUGAGAAAAAUUAAGGAGAAUAUUCGAACAAUUCUUAAAACACAAGCAACUUGCAAAUCACUUGAAGAGAAACUAAAAGAAAAAGAAUCGUCUUUACGGUUGGCUGAGCAAAAUAUUCUGUCAAGAGACAAAGUAAUCAAUGAACUGAGGCUUCGAUUGCCUACCACAGCUGAUCGAGAGAAACUUAUAGCUGAGUUAGAUAGUAAAGAGCUGGAGCCAAAAUCUCAUCACACAAUGAAAAUUGCCCAGCAAACUAUAGCUAACAUGCAGGCCAGAUUAAAUCAAAAGGAAGAAGUUUUGAAGAAAUACCAGCAUCUUCUGGAAAAAGCCAGAGAGGAGCAAAGAGAAAUUGUUAAGAAACAUGAGGAAGACCUUCAUGUUCUUCAUCAUAAAUUAGAACUACAGGCCGAUAAUUCACUCAAUAAAUUCAAGCAGACAGCCCAGGAUUUAAUAAAGCAGUCUCCUGCUCCAGUACCUACCAACAAACAUUUCAUUCGUCUGGCUGAGAUGGAACAGACAGUAGCAGAACAAGAUGACUCUCUGUCCUCACUUUUGAACAAACUAAAGAAAGUAUCAAAAGAUUUGGAAAGACAGAAAGAAAUCACUGAGUUAAAAGUUAAAGAAUUUGAAAAUACCAAAUUACGGCUCCAGGAAAACCAUGUGAGUGAAGUGAAGAGAGUGAAAGCAGAAGCAGAAGACUUAAGGCAUGCUCUUGCCCAAGCACAAACAGAUUACCAGAGUUUAAAGUCAGAACUCCAAGCUCAGAAAGAAGCAAACUCGAGAGCCCCAACAACCACAAUGAGGAAUUUAGUGGACAGGCUAAAAAGCCAACUAGCCCUGAAAGAGAAGCAACAGAAGGCACUUAGUCGAGCCCUUUUGGAACUUCGGGCAGAAAUGACAGCAGCAGCUGAAGAACGCAUUAUUGCUGUCACUUCUCAAAAAGAGGCAAAUCUCAAUGUUCAACAGGUUGUUGAGCGACAUACUAGAGAGCUCAAGUCACAAAUUGAAGAUUUAAAUGAAAAUCUUUUCAAAUUGAAAGAAGCUCUUAAAACAAGUAAAAACAAAGAAAAUUCACUAGCCAAUAACUUAAAUGAUUUAAAUAAUGAACUGCAAAAGAAGCAAAAAGCUUAUAAUAAAAUUCUUAGAGAGAAAGAUGGAAUUGAUCAAGAAAAUGACGAGCUGAGAAGGCAAAUUAAAAGACUGUCCAGUGGUUUGCAGAGCAAACCUCUGAUAGACAAUAAGCAAAGUUUAAUCGAUGAACUUCAGAAAAAAGUUAAAAAACUUGAAAGCCAAUUGGAAAGAAAGAUGGAUGACAUAGACAUAAAGCCUGUGAAGGAAAAGAGUGCUAGAGAAGAAUUAAUUAGGUGGGAGGAAGGAAAAAAAUGGCAAACCAAAGUAGAGGGAAUGCGCAACAGAUUAAAAGAGAAAGAAGGAGAAGUCCACAGUCUGACAAAACAGCUCAGUACUUUAAAGGAGCUUUUUGCCAAAGCUGAUAAAGAGAAACUUACUUUGCAGAAGAAACUAAAAACAACAGGCAUGACUGUUGAUCAUGUUUUAGGAGUACGAGCUUUGGAGUCAGAAAAAGAGUUGGAAGAGUUAAAAAAGAGAAAUCUGGACUUAGAAAAUGACAUAUUAUACAUGAGGACCCACCAAGCUCUUCCACGAGAUUCUGUUGUUGAAGACUUACAUUUACAAAAUAAAUACCUUCAAGAAAAACUUCGUACUUUAGAAAAGCAACUUUCAAAGGAUGCAUAUUCUCAGUCCUUGACUUCAGAAAUAGACUCAGAUGAUCAUUGUCAAAAAGAACAAGAACUUCAAAAGGAAAACUUGAAGUUGUCAUCUGAAAAUAUUGAGCUGAAAUUUCAACUUGAACAAGCAAAUAAAGAUUUGCCAAGACUAAAGAAUCAAGUAAGAGAUCUGAAGGAGAUGUGUGACUUUCUUAAGAAAGGAAAAAUGGAAGUCGAACGAAAACUUGGUCAGGUUAGAGGGUCUGGUAGAAGUGGGAAGACAAUCCCAGAGCUAGAAAAAACAAUUGGAUUGAUGAAGAAAGUAGUUGAGAAAGUCCAAAGAGAAAAUGAACAAUUAAAAAAAGCAUCAGGAAUACUGACUAGUGAAAAAAUGGCUAAUAUUGAAGAAGAAAAUGGAAAAUUAAAGGCUGAAUUAGAAAAGCUUAAAUCUCACUUUGGACGUCACUUAAGUAUGCAGUAUGAAUCCAAGAACAAAGGCACUGAGAAAAUUGUUGCCGAAAAUGAACGGCUGCGGAAAGAUCUUAAGAAAGAAAUGGAGGUUUCUGAGAAACUGCGGAUAGCUAAGAACAACCUCGAACUGGUCAAUGACAAGAUGGCAGCCCAACUAGAAGAGACUGGGAAGAGAUUACAGUUUGUAGAAAGCAGAGGUCCCCAGCUGGAAGGUGCUGACAGCAAGAGCUGGAAGUCAAUUGUGCUUACAAGGAUGUAUGAUAGCAAGAUAAAAGAGUUUGAAAGUGAUAUUGCCAAAAAGAAUCAAAGUAUCACUGACCUUAAACAGCUUGUAAGAGAAGCAACGGAGAGAGAACAGAAAGCUAAGAAAUACACUGAAGAUCUUGAACAACAGAUUGAGAUCCUCAAAAAUGUUCCUGAAGGUGUUGAGACAGAGCAAGAGCUUGUACGGGAACUCCAGCUUCUUAGAUUAGCCAAUAGUCGGCUGGAUAAAGAAAAGGCAGAAUUAAUCCAUCAGAUAGAAGUUAACAAGGACCAAACUGAGGCUGAAAGCAGCACACCUGAUUCUGAUCAACUAAAGGAAAAGAUAAAUGACCUGGAGACACAGCUCAGAAAGUCAGACCUAGAAAAGCAACAGUUGAAGGAGGAAAUUAUUAAACUGAAGAAAGAACUGGAAAAUUUUGAUCCUUCAUUUUUUGAAGAAAUUGAAGACCUGAAGUACAAUUAUAAGGAAGAAGUAAAAAAAAAUAUUCUAUUAGAAGAGAAGCUACAAAAACUUUCUGAACAGUUUGGAUUUGAAUUACCGAGCUCCAUUGCUGCUUCUCAACAGUCAGAAGAUGGAGAAAGUCCUACCAGUUUCCCUAUUUAGUAAAGGCCUCAUUUAACUGUAGAUUUAAAACUUUUAUGACAAAAAGUUUUAGCUGGAAAUCAAGCAGUCUAUGAACUAGAGAAUUCACAUCUCAAAAUAUUGUAUUUUUGCUUAAAAAUAAAAUAUUUAGUUUUAAUUUGGUAGAAAAUAUAUUUUUGAAGAUUUCAAUAAUUUAUGACCAUACAAGUGCAUAAUGAGCUAUGAUAAAUAUUCCUAUUUUCAUGUCUUAAAAUUUCUAAAAGCAUAAAGGUAAACUUGUAAUAAUUUUACUAUUGUGAUUAUUUUAUACUUAUUGUAUCAAGAUAGUCAAAUCCUAACUAUGAUUUCUAUAAAUACCUAGACACAUAAGUGUUUAGAAUUUAUGACAUAUGUUUUUCCAAAUAGCUAGCAAAAUUAAAUUGAAGCUUUUAACCUCUGUAAACAUGUCAGUCUGUUCAAUAUUGGAAAAUCAGAAUAAUCCUAACUAUAUUCCCAUUUUAUACAUCAAGUAUUAUAUCUUUGAGCCUAGCAAAUUUCUGUUUAUCUAUUUUUGAAAACCGACUAAACAAGCACUCAUUAUCAAAGGCAUAGUCAUAUUUGUUCAGGUUCAUGUUAAUAACAACUGGCUUGGAAUUCAUGUAAGUAUCAGCAAGUGGCCAGCAUAGACCAAGAUGGUGGCGAUGGACCUGUAAAGGAGAAAAAAUGGUGUUAGCGUUAGUCUGGAAAUAACUUACUUGUAAAUACAUGGUACCUCCCAGGUACAAUGGGAGGGUCUACCUUUUCCUAUUCUUAGUUUAAUUAAAUGUCAUAGCUGUUAUUUUGACAUAGUGCUGUGUGUCUUCCCCAUUAGAAUAUGAGCUUCCUGAAGGCAGAGAAAUUGUUUUGAUAAUUCUGCCAGCAGAGAAAUUGUUUUAAUAAUUCUGCCAGUACCUGAAAAUUGCCAAUAGCAUAAUCAGGGGCUCCUCCAAAAUUUAAUGAAAAUAGAGUCUGUUGGUGAACACAGGGUUUUGGAAAAAAACAAAACAAAAAACAAACAAACAAAAAACAGCACAAAUGUGAGCCAGGCUCUAGAGUUGCCAAGGAGAAUAUUUGUGGCAGAAUGGUUGGGUAGUCUGGGAUGACAGUUGGUUAAGACAUUGUUGUGUAGCUAUUUCCUCCACAUGAAAACAUCCUCUCUAGAGCUCCCUUUUUAAAGACUCAGGAAGUAAACAUAUGUCACUAAUCUCAGGAAGUUCCCUAAAACUUUGGAGAUUCCCAAAACUACCUGCAGGGUUCCAUGAGCACUAACAACAGCUGGAGAGAAGAUUCUACCCCCACCCAGGGAGCUGGAAGCUGCCUGCAAAAACACACAGGGAGUCCCCAGGAUGCUGGUAUUUUGAGUCUUCACUCAAGCUAGGGAGGGAUUCCUACUGAUCCUGUAGCCUUUGGGUCUCCUUGUAAGAAGUUCCCUACCCAUAUUCCUAUAAGUAACCCCAACACUAACUUCAACUUGGCCUCAGUUGUUUAUUUCUGGUAAAUCAAUAUUUGUGCAUAUCUUUCUAGAACUAUAUAGUCACACAACAAUCAGACAGUAUAUGUUUUCACAAAUGGUAAUGGAAAGCAGUUAUGGGAAGUUAAAAGGACUGUAUCAUGGCAAAUCUUAUCAUACCUCAACAGCAUUAUGCAGGAAGUGAUAAUGUCAGUCAUUUGUGAAGAAUGAACAUGAUCCAGGUAGAAGUAAAAGAAGAGUGUUUUAGAGAAGGUAAUGUAGUAAUAAUUCAAGAAAGAAUAUUGGCAUAAAAUAAAAUUAUUACCUAGUUGUGUGUAAAGAACAGAGAGAUUCAGUAGGUUAGACUUUUAAAGAACUAAAUAACUAGAUGUAUGAAGUAAUGGGAAGUGGACUUAAAAACAAUGAAUAAAGGUUUCUAAUUUCAGUGGAUAAUGUGGAGUUCGAUGUCAUAAGAUUCAGUUCGGAACAAAAUAAAUUGCAUAUUUAUUGCAUAAUCAGACAUGAAUCAGGGGAAAGGGCAAAGUAUAAGAUAAUUCAUUCUGUGUAUACUGCCACGCAGAUUCUCUAAUAACUUGGUUUGGGGUUAAACUAGGCUCCGCAUGUCUCGGGGAACUCCAUAUGCUACAUGAAGCCCAAGGAAGGUGACAUGUCAGCAAAUGAACUCUGAAGCACAGCUGGACUAGCCAAUGCCCAACCCAACACCGACUGUGGAUCAGUCUGACACUUUCCAUAAAACUGACUCUGUUUUAGCCUGUAAGAAUGAUGGCACAUGAAAUUUAAUGGAAUUAUACUAACUGCAUGCCAGAUUUAAUGCAAUCUGUACAGAGAAUCUGAGUGUUACAUCUUUAAGAACAAAAUCCAAUUUAAGCUGUUUCUGUCAUUACCUUAAUUAAACAGCCAUCACCGCAAUGCCAUACAAUCCCUUCAAUUUUACCCUCUCUGCAGUCUUCAAACCAGGACAGCAGGUCAUCAUGUUUCAGUGUAGGCAGAUUUCUGACUUGGAAUGCUCCAUGUGGUGUAAGACAAUGUAAUGGGUAUUUUUUGCUUCCUAGUCCUAAAUGAUAAAACUUGCCAUUAAAAAUUUUCAAUUAUAUUCUUUUCAGAAAGACUGAUAAAAUGUGUUUCCCCAAAUGUAUAAAUGUCUAAACAUUCAGGAAUAAUGUUAACAAAAAGGUUUUUUGAUUUCCUGUACAGAAUAAUCCCAGUACAUUAAGUCCUUUUCUACUCAAGUGUGGGACUUCUUUUAAAAAACAACUCUAAAUUCCAUGUUCAUGUACUAUUUACGUGGGGAGCCAGCACACUGACGUGUAGACCAAGUCCAGACAGACACCUAUUUGUAAACAGUUUCAAUGGGAUGCAGCCUUAUUUAUUCUUAAGUUUUACUGAUAGCCCAUUUCAAAGAUAUAGUUAAUAAAGUUUAAAAUAUUGGCUAGCAAACAUGUUUUACAAAAAAAAAAAUUGUUAGUAUGUGUUAUAUCAUUAGCUACAUUCCGCUUUUAUUCAGUUUACCUAAUAUCAUCUUUGAUCCUGUAUCUCACUACUCAUCAAUCAAGCCUACUGAACUUUGGGUUUACAUACAGUUCUGUGGAAUAUAGGUGUGUGCUUGUCAUACACAACACUGAAUAUAUUCACUUGCUUUCACCUUCUAUUUUGAAAAAGGGUGUUUCAGUGUACUUGAAGCUCCGUGAUUCACUGUCUUCUCUGUGAGGCACAGAGAGCUUCCUACCUACACCUCUAGCUCCUGGCCUAGAGACAUGCACCACUGUGCCCGGCUUUUAAUGGGGCGUUAGGGACCAAACUCUUAUGGACUGGGCUGCCACCUUCUGACACCUUCAAUCUGCUUUUGAUCUCUUUAGAAUUGUUAUUACAGUUUUAGUGUCUUUAUUCUAUUUUAUGAUUCUCCUUUCAGUUUUUACCCCAGAAUGCCACUGAUUUACUCAAUUCAUUAUGGUACAUGUUCUGAUGGUUUAUACAGUAUCUGUUGCCAAUUUUUACUCUACCCUGUGUUUGUUAAUGACCUAACAAGGAACAGUGUAUUUUCACUCAACUAAUUUACCUAAAAUUGUUAAACUUAUAAGAAAAGCUGCAGCUCAGUAAUUACUUUUCAUGCGCAGGGAAGGAUAAUAGGAUAAUGCCAGCAUUUGCAGUAAUAAAUCAAAAUGAUUAGCCAUGUAUCACUUUUUCCAUGAACAUAAGAUUUUCAGAAACGGAUGUGCUCUAGGAAAUGGACACAAAUGCAAAAUGCAUUUGUUACCUCCACAUUAUGUUUCUCAAUCUGAUAGUAGGACAUCUCUUUAUAAAACACCUUCCCUUACCGUAUGGGUUUCCAUUGAUAUUUGUUCCUAUCAGUUCCAGGGUUUGUUCUAAAAGCUCUGACAGAGGCACAGCACUAAUUUCCAAAAGUGCAGGGUCAUCAGCAUGGUGCCUUAGUACCAGGGCAAUCCCAGAUUCAUAAUCCACUACAGAUGAGUGCCAGCAGUAUUGCUUGCUGCUCUUUUCUACUGGCACCCAACCUGUUAUUGAAGAAAAAAUGAUUCUCAUCACAUUGGUUCUAUUAAAAGAUACAGGCUUUUUACUUUUUUAUUUUUUGGUUAUAAAUAUUUCUUAAUUUCUAGACUCUCUACCAUACAGACACUUAAAAUCAGUGGGAAAGUUAACAAUUUUACUGUUUUUCUUGAUAAUCACAAAGGAUUCAUUUGUUUGUUUAUCCUGUUGGUUAGUAACAUGAAUUAAACAUUCUUCAAAAAAUCAUCUUGGUUCAGGAGCAACUGAACACUAUACUGAGCAAUAAUUUUUUUAAUUUAUUUUAACUUUUCUAACUACCUGGUAUUGUCAAAACUUUUCUCAUUUAAUAAAGUGAGUCUCUUGCUUUCUCUCCCCUCCCCCCACCAUGUUUCUCUCUCUCUCUCCAUCUCCAUGCAAUAAACCUCUUUCACAUAAAAAUAAUAAUAAUAAUAAUAGUGAGUUUUCUUUCUAGCACUCUUACAGUGUCAAAGACAACAAAUAGAUACAUUAGGUGCUCCACAGUUUACACUAUUGUUCCAAUCAUGCUGAACAAUUUAUUGAUUUUCUGUUUGGUGUUACUGUAUUUACUUUUAUUGCUAGAAUAAGCUCCUUCAAUAUGGAAAUCUUGCUACAAAUGAAGAAACAAGCCACUCUGACCAAAAUCUCAUAAAAUUAUGUUCAUUCUUUAGAAAAAUUAAAACCUGAAAGGCCAUCCUUUCCUACAUUUUUAAUAUAAACUGUUACACUUGUCAAUAAACUUGAUUUAGAAAUUUUGUACUGUAAAAAUAAAAUGAAGAUCUAGAUUAAAACAAA